AAAGUCUAAAAAGGACUAAACGGAUAUACCAGUGAGCAAACUGAUUAUUGGACUUAAAUCCAACAUUUACAUCAGGUUAAUGUCUUAUUCACCCUAAACAUUGAACAGCCCUUUGCACUGGAUCGAACGAGUUCAGUUCACCUCACAAUCAAUGACAGAUAGUAAGAAUCAGCUUUCUUCUGAAAGUAAACGUUGACCAUUCGUGUUUCCACCGAGUGAACAUGAAGAUUCAUACAACUGUGUUGUUUUGUGCUUUCAUAGUCCAGGGAUCCAGUGAAGUGUUUCUUGACAAAGAUGGCGCCAGUUCUGUCCUGCAGCGCGCCAGACGCGCAAACUCGGGAUUCCUCGAGGAGAUGAAGCGCGGGAAUCUCGAGCGCGAGUGUAUCGAAGAAAUCUGCGAUUAUGAAGAAGCGCGCGAAGUGUUCGAGGACGAAACGAAGACAAAGCAGUUCUGGUUGAGUUAUUCUGCAAAGGAACCCUGCUUGACGAAUCCAUGCAAGAACAAUGGCACAUGCAUUUAUCUGGCCAACACCUACUACUGCAUGUGUCUGGAGGGCUUUGAGGGCAAAUACUGUGAGAAGGGGUUAGAGGAAACACUGAAGUGUCAGUGUGUGAAUGGAGGUUGUGAACACUUCUGUGACGGUUCUGGGGUCAGACGCGCAUGCAGCUGUGCCACGGGGUACUCUCUCACAGCUGAUGGGAUGUCAUGUGUUGCUCAAGUUGAGUAUCCGUGUGGAAAAGUUCCUCUUCAGAAAAGCACAGUUCAUUCUCAAACCCAGUUUGUGGGUGGAGUUCACUGUCCCAGAGGUCACUAUCCAUGGCAGGUGUUGAUUGAUUAUAAUGGUGCGAGUUUAUGUGGAGGGGCUCUUCUGGACAAUAAUUGGGUGAUAACAGCUGCUCACUGCGUUCAGAAUAAGGAUAUGAAACAUAUGAAGAUUAUCACAGGUGAUCAUGAUCUGGAUGUUAAUGACGGCUCAGAGGAGGCGUAUGAUGUCGUUUCUGUGGUUAUUCAUGAGAAGUAUGACCCUGUGACACUGGACAGUGACCUGGCCCUCCUUCGACUUCGUGAAAAAUUCACGCCCUCUGUGUACGCCGUGCCCAUCUGCCUGCCCACGCCACAGCUGGCACAGAGCGAGCUAGCUGCCGCCCGCUUCCACGCCGUCAGCGGAUGGGGUAAACACACUGAAGGGGGCAACGAUCACCUGUCUAAGGGUCUUAAAGCGCCGUCAUCUCCGAUAAUGCAGUGUCUGGCCAAACCACUGAUACCCACAGCCGAGUGUGUGUUAAAGAGUGGCGUUAACAUCACUGACAACAUGUUCUGUGCCGGUUACACUGAGGGCACCCGCGAGUCCUGCAGAGGAAAUGAUGGCAGUCCUUUGAUCACGCAGUACAAGGGGACGUCUUUCCUGACGGGCAUUGUCACUUGGGGUAAAGGAUGUGAUCAGCCUGGAUACUAUGCUAUUUACACCAAGGUGUCCAACUUCCUAAACUGGCUUGAACAAAAACAGUUGAAGCAGGUGAAUAAUACUGCAGUUGAGCAGCACAUUCACAAUUAAUGUCUUAAUUGAAGGCAAAGUGCAGGUUUAUGUAAAGAGGAAUCCAAAUGUUCAAGAUUGGGCUGGUAAAAACGGAACAAUAACACAAAUCAGGUCUAGAGUGGUUACGGCAAGGGUUUACUGUAAUUACUGGUGAAAUUUGAAAUAAAACAGUCAUUCUGAAUGUGUUCUGUAUUUGUUUACAUUUACUUUUAGCAUUCACAUAUUUGUUUAUUGACCUGCUUCAGUCACGUGACUUUCUUCCUCUUAGCGGCCAUAUUUGUGACCAUAGUGGGAGGAAGCAAUGACUUGUGCGAACUUGUUAUGUUGGGAUAAAUAACGGCUGAUUUUAAUAAAGUUAAAGUGACAGUAAUGAUUAUAUUGUUGCUGAUAUUUUAAAAUGAGUAUUUGCUGAAUAUAAGCGACUUGUGCUUGAUUCAAAUAUUGUAUAUUAUUUUAUUGAAAAAGCCCCUUUGAAAUCCAUGUAUUAAAUAUGAU